AUGUCAUCUAAGUUUGUAAAACUUGCUCUUAUAGGGAGUGCAGCAAUAAUUGGUGUCUCUUCUUUGCUUUAUUACUACCAAAAUGACAUGAUUUAUAUUCCAAAUUACCCUUCAAGAGAAUAUCGAUCUCCAGAUAAUAAUCCAGAUGGAUACAAAACUCCUUCAGAAAGAAACAUUCCUUAUAAAGACAUUCAUCUUAAAACAAGUGACGGAGAAACCCUUCACUGCUGACUCAUGCUGCAAGAAAGCCGUGAUGUUCCAACUAUUUUGUUUUUCCAUGCCAAUGCUGGAAACAUGGGGAUGCGUAUGGACGUCAUUGAGCAGUUUUACAAAGAAAUUGGAGUCAAUGUUUUCAUAAUUUCUUAUAGAGGCUAUGGAAAAUCUACUGGAAAGCCAAGUGAAAAAGGUUUACAAUCGGAUGCAGAAGCGGCUGUUUCUUAUUUAUUCAAUGAGGAUUUGAUAUUAAACAAAAAGAAAAUUUUCAUUUAUGGAAGCAGCCUUGGAGGAGCUGUCGCAAUUUUUACAGCGUGGAAAUUUCAAGGUCUUCCUGUAAGAUUUAUUUAGUUUGGAGGGCUUAUAUUAGAAAACACAUUUACAAGUUUGCCUAAGCUUGUAGAUAAGCUAAUGCCGGCUAUCAGUUGGCUUAAAUGACUUGUUUUGGCUAACUACUGGCCUAGUUUGAAUAGAAUUCAAGAGAUAAAAAUCCCUGUUCUAUUCAUAUCAGGAGUAAGAGACGAGUUAAUACCUCAUGGACAUAUGAUUGAGUUAAAGCAAGCAGCAAGGCAAGCAAAAUUUACUGAUUGGGUACGUUUUAUAUAGAAACUUGUAAAGGACGGAGAACAUAACACAACUUGGUGAAAGGCAGGACAUAAUUAUCCAGUUUGAAUCAGAGAGUUUAUAAAUAGAUCAAUAAAUUAG